AAGUCAUUCAAAGGUCAAACUGAUAGAGUAAACUACAUUUAAAGCUGAGUAUUGUGCGGGAGUUCGUCAGUACCGCAAAGGAGUGCACAUUGAUCAGAUCGAUCGUGAUGAAACUUCUAGUAGCUUUGACGAUUCUGUGCCUGGGCUGCAGCUGCUUGGCCCAGUUCAAUCCAGAGCAGGCGAAAAUCCUUGCUAACCUUGCGAAGUCCUGCUAUCCGGAACUCGGUCUGCCAGAGGAUUCCGAUUUGCUGCUUCGUACGGUCAAGAAUGAAAUUUCUUACACCGAAGACGAUGUGAAAUUUUUACUUUGUGUUGCCCGCAAAUAUGACCUGAUAGAUGCGGAGGAAAAGUUCAAAACACAAAGGAUGAAGGAUUUCCUGCUGAAAAGCAACGCCUUCGACCGACAGGACAUCAUCGAUGUGAUCGACCAGUGCUUUGGGCAACGUGAGGAGUCCACGCUGGAGGAAAGAAUGAAGGAAUCUGUCAAGUGCUUCCAGGCUAACAAAAAAUUUAGCAUCGUUUAAGUCGGUGUUAAUAGUUAAGGUUCAUUUACAGUCCAAUUUACGUCAGUUUAUUGUAGAUGGACCUUUAAUCUCAUUUACAUGAUAUGUUAUCUCUUUUUAAAUGAUUUUUUUUGGAAAUUUAUAUUAAAUAAUUUUAAAUAAUCCUGAAUAAACGUGUCAUAUUUAGAAAAUAAUAAAUAAAAAUAUAAUAAAAGGCUCAAGAUAAAAA